AAGCAUGCACCCUCAUCGCGUCUGAACGCGUCUCGAAUCUCAUGCGGCCUCAUCGCAAUUAUUCAUUUUACACAUGUUUAUUUUGGUCCAUGAGAAUACAUCUAGAGGUAUAUUGAAUUAAUAAAGACCAUGGAGAUGGAUGCGGUGAACGCCUUUAACGGGGAGAUGUUGUCCAUGAUAGACAUGACACCCCCGAUCUCUCGAGCUAAAAUGAUGUCUGUAACCAAAGCAGGAAUAAAAGCUAUUAAGCUUUACAAGCAUGUUGUUCAAAUCGUGGAGAAGUUCAUCAAGAGGUGUAAACCAGAUCUAAAGGUCGCCGGUCUCUAUGUGGUCGACUCAAUUAUCAGACAGUCCCGCCACCAGUUUGGGGUGGACAAAGAUGUGUUUGCCCCAAGGUUUUUGAAAAACUUUAACGCAACAUUUGAGAACCUUUAUCAAUGCCCUGCUGAUGACAAGGGGAAGAUAUUACGAGUGUUGAAUCUAUGGCAGAAGAAUGAGGUGUUUGGCAUGGACAUCAUACAGCCGCUGUUAGAUAUAGCCACAGCUCCAGUGCUUCCUGUCUUAGAGAAUGGAACCACUGUGAGCGUUCCUCCAGCUGUGCUGAUGGCAGUACCACAUCCUGCACCUCUGCCUGUACCAAAGCCUGUACCAGCUGUUGCCACGGUAACAGCCCAGCCCACCAUUCAGAACCCAGUGGCCUUUGCUGCUGUCGCCCAGCUUCUCCAGGGCACUCAGGGUGUAGAGUUACAGCAGCUGCUCCAGAAUCUGCACCAGAGCAGUGGGGCGGGGCUUUCUCAGCCCAGUGCCCCGCCCACUGAGCAGAAGACAUCACUAGCUAAGACUCUGCUGGAUCGAUUUGACUAUGAUGAUGAACCAGAACCAGUUGAGGAAAAGCCUGAGCCACCCCCUGCUGCUCCUAUUACCAUAAACCUCCCCCCUGAACUACAGCAAGCCCUGCAAGCUCAUCUUCUAAGCCAACUAGCUAACCAGACUCAGAUGCAGGGCCAGUUGGCAUCUCAUGGGAUACCAGCAGCGGUUCAGGAGUUCUCAGCAACUGUUCAGGAGCAGAUAUCAGACAACACACCUCGCACACAUACUGACAGCAGCACACAUCCCUCUAAACAUUCGCCCCAGGGUUCAGCUGCUGAGAUUGAUAUCUCAGGGCAGGAUGGAAGAGAUCGAAGACACAGACGAUCAAGAUCCAGGUCUCCCCAGAGACAAUCGUCAUCGCGUUCACAAAGAUCACGGUCCGGGUCUCACUCCCAACGCUCGAGGCAUCAUCGCUCAAGGUCCCGAUCCAGAGAGCGGCAAAGACUCUCACCGCAUUCACGAUCGGAGGAGAGGAGAGCGAGGGAGAAUGAGAGAGAGAAAGAAAGGGAGAGAGAGCGAGAACGCAGACAGAAAGGACUUCCGUCCAUCAAGAAGGAAACACUGAGCGUGUGCAGCACUACGUUAUGGAUUGGACAGCUGGACAAAAGGACUCAAAAACAGGACAUCAUGUGUCUGAUGGAGGAGUUUGGACAGAUCGAGUCCAUUAACAUGAUUCCUCCCAGAGGUUGUGCGUACAUCGUCAUGGUACACAGACAGGAUGCUAACACGGCUCUGAGCAAACUCAGCAGAGGGGCCGCUAAAGUCAACCAGAAAGCUAUUAAGAUCGCUUGGGCAUUGAACAAGGGCAUAAAGACUGAGUUUAAGAAGUUUUGGGACGUGGAGCGUGGCGUCACUUACAUCCCCUGGGAUAAAGUGAAACCAGAUGAAAUCCAGAGCCUUCGAGAAGGAGGCAUACUUGACGCUGAAACACUCAAAUCAGAGUGGAAUAUUGUUGUGGCCAAUCCAAUUGUGCCAAUCACAGGAGGUCCUGAAGGAAGACAGGGAAAUGGAGCUGCGCUCCCAGCGGUACCACAGAGUCCUGUACUUCAUCCUGUGGCAGCAGAGAAUGUUCUUCCAGUUCCUUCUAACAUGGGUCUGCCUCCCCCAGCCAUGAGGACCUCACUGCCCCUUUCGACAUUCCCACCUCCAGGAUUCAAUCUGCCACAGAUGCCAGCAGGAUUCCCUCAUGUUGCCCCAAUGGCCCCGAUGAAACAUUCUGGUCCUCGUCCAAAUAUACCAUCAGAAAACCCAUUGGAAGAACCUUCAAAACACUCUCCAGAGGGCCCUAAAAGUCACACUGACCCAACAGGAGGUCAACCACUGAAUUCCCCUCCUCCUGCGCGCUUUCUUGGGCCCAGGCCUGGAUUUCUACCACCACAAAACCCUCUGGGACCCCGCCCGCCAUUUAUGCCAACCUUCCCCAAUGAUAUGCCACGCCCGAACAUGCCACCACCAAAUAUGCCACGUCAAAUGAUACCCCCACAUGUGAUGCAACCCCAAAUGUUGCCCCACAGGAGCCCCAACCCCAUGUUCCGAGAGCCUCGUGCCGGUCGAUUCCGGAUGCCCAUGAUGCGCCACCCAGUAGAGAAUUUCCCUCCACCCAGAGAAGGGGUCCCCCCUCAGGGCCCACCCAGGGUGCCCAUAGAAGAAGAACAGUGGGAAGAGAAACCAUACUGGAAUGACUGGCAGGAACAUGAACCCGAAAGGAGGCCGGAGAGGUUUGGAAAUGGGCCGCCGUUCCAGGGGGGUGGAUGGGGAAGGGGUAGGGCUGGCCAUCGUGGCCGAGGUAAUUUUGGGAACUGAAUGUGAAUCAGAAUGAAUUCAAGGAUUUUGAUUGAAAUUAAGUUCUGAACCACGGAACAGGAUUAAGGAGAAAGUCCACGGAAAGGAACGGACGCUGUUUCUAAAGUUCUUAGCCCACACGAAAAUCACAGACAUUGAUUCAGAUGUUCAUGUUCAAACCUGUUUCUGAAUACGAGUGAUGGUGCUGGCCUUUCUAUAAGUUAAUAUUAAUCUGAAUAGGAGAGACAGAACCAGGGGAUCGUUCAAUUAUGAAAUUCCCAUUGUAAGAAUAAGCUCUUUCUAUCUCUCUCUUUGAAAUCGAAGGGGUCCUCCAGCUUUUCAGACUUUGAUUCACUACCUCUAAUGUAAACGGAAACAUACGUGCAAAGAAUGAGGGGUCUAGUGUGAUACGUUAAAUGUAAAUAGUCCAGCUUAGAUACUUUUGGAAGUUCUACCAUGAAGAAAUCAAUUCUGAAAAAGGUCCUGCCCACAUUUCCUUAUGUAUAUUUGGUGGUAAUAUUUAGUUUAAAAGCUUCUGUACCUUUUUAGCGAUAAAGAAGAGCGUAACUAUUGUGUUCUGUGAUGAAAAUGAUACAUUGGAUCACACUGGAGGUUACGCUUACAUGGUUCUGCUGUAGAACAUCAUCUGUUGGUGUAUAAUUUUACGAAAAUAAUUUUUUAUCGUUCUUGAUUUCAUUUUCUUUGUGUUUAUAUUAACAUGUUAAAAGAAAAACUAGUAAAUGUUAUGGCCACUUAAUAAA